GUAAAAGCAAAUCGUCGUGUGAAAUAUAAGCUGAUCCCUGUUUUAGGAGGGAUUUCGCGGUUUUCUACUUCUACAAUUGCGGAAAUUUUACGCUUAGAGGCCCUUGCAUCUAUAAAACUUUCAUCAAAGCUAAUGAGUGGGUACAUUGACGUAUUUACUUUACCGUUUCACUCUACAUGGUUUUGAAAGCUUCGUGAACAUGGCCCCGUUUCCUUGGUUGUGGAAUGUUUAAAAUUGUAACGCGUUGAAUGGUUUUAUUUUCGUUUUGUGGAAAGUUAAGUGAAUUUCUCCAUUGCAAGAUUUUCAGCUGCGUUGCUCGAGUUGCGUGAAAACUGCUUUCGUCGACAUGGUGGCCUCGUACUCAAUGAACAACGUCUACGAGACGUGAUCAAAGGUAUUCUUAGAGGCCCUGAAUGAACUGAUGAAGGGUCGAUAAAGUUGCCCUCAAGUGGAAGAAAUUAACCCUUGGCUUGAAAAUGGCUAAUGGAACCGUUGAAGCACUAUAUCCUUAUUCGUACGAAGCAGGCGACGGGAGAGUCAUCUCUUUCUCGGCCGGAGAUAGGUUUACGUUACUAAACAAGACAAACGGAGAUUGGUGGCAAGUUAGAAAGGGAAGUGAAAAACCCAUGUACGUUCCUGCCACUUAUAUGAAAGAAAUAACUAUUCCUAUUUACGAAAAUAUCGAAUUUAAAAUUACUUGCCCUCAGAAUGGCGAGGCUGUCGCGAGGACAGAAAAUGGGCAAAGCUCUGAACGCGGAGAUUACAAAAAUGAAUCAAAUGGAGAGACAGCAAUCCACCAAGACAAUGAACUUGAAAAUCACAACAGAAGCGUAAACAUAGGCACUGAAAAUAACGGCGAAGACACCUGCUAUAUUUUAGAUGAUACAUGCCCUGUUUCAGACGAUUCCAAUGGUGUUGGAAGCGUUCUGUCAAAUGCAAAAUUUUUAGCGAGGUCUCUAGAGAAGGUAAGACUAUUUUAAGGUGAUUUAUUUUGUGAUUUGGCUUGUUUGCAUCUGGCGUAGACGUUGCAAUUAAUAUUCUGUGUUGGUAUUGUGUUCGUAUAAAAGUAGCUUUUGUUACCCUGUUGAUAAAUCAACAGAAUUUGAUACCUAGUACAAAAGGUUUAUGUUCAGAUGCGGGUUGCUGUUAAUUCGAUGUAGGACACGAUGGCUGUUACAUGUACAUGAACGUUGGGGUUAAUUGUUGUUUUGUUUUGUUUAAGUAGUCUACUGUGGAUAUAAAAGCCAAGAAAAUGUCGUACAAAAUUAGUCCUUAUGUUUUAACGUUCGUUUAAAAAAACAGCAAAACAAAACAAAAUGUUAUUGAACAAAUCAAUUCUUUGUGUACUGUAAACAGUUGUUUCUCUUUGUUGUAAAUUAAGGAGAUGUCUUUCAAUUUUGUUAUAUCUUUGCGGGCUUCAGCCACCAUGAUGAGGAGGUUGUUGAUCUGGCGAAUAUGUUUUAGAAUCUUGAUCAAAAAUAGAAUUGUCCUCCAUAAUUCUUUAGUAUUUUUUUAAUAAACCAGAUCCUUACUUCUUAGUUUUACAGCGAUACAGUAUUGUUUUGCUCUCUUUUGUUGUGAACAUAAUGCAGAUGUCAGUUUUGUGUCCCAAGCAUUAGAUCAAAUGUUACAAACAGUUAACUUGAACUUUGAAAAACUGUUGUGCUUACAAUUUUUCAUAAACAUUGCAAUCCAUUUGAAUCUUUUUUACGUUUGUACAUCUGUGUUUCCUUUUACAUUUGCUGUAUUUUCUAAUCCUUCUUUUUAUGUUUUCAGCGAUUUUUUUGUAGUGACAGUUUCCACUGUAGGAUUUUUGAUAAAUUUCUUGACACAGCUCCUGUUAAAUAUGUUAUUAUUAUUACUAUUGUUAAUUUCUAUUAUUUCACCUUUGAUAUUACUGUCAUUUUAGGCUGAGCAAAUAACUGUGAGCAAAUAACGUAAUAGAGUUAAGAAUCACACCUGGCCAGAGCCAAGCUAGCACUAGUCUGCUAUUAAGUUUACACAGAAACUCAUAAGGGGUUGAAACAUGUAACUCUCAUAUGUUUGCUUUGUCUGAUGCUCGUGAUUAUUCAUUUUAGAAAGUACCAUAUUUGGAACGAGAAGAAGAGAUAACUGACCAAUCAAACUUCUUAAACAACGUGACGUAAUUUUCCUUCAGGUUCCCGUACCCGCUUAAAAAAAUGGCCGACAAACGGGGGGGAAAACUCCCAAAAGCCGAGAAAGCUUUCAAAGGUUGAAACCAGGAAUAUUACUGAAACACUGAACAGGAUUUUAUUGCCUUACCACCUGGGCCAAAUGUAACAUUAUGAAACCCAUGGACGGCCUCACAACUUCUUGAAGUUGUCACUUCAAAAAACAAUGCCUUGUUGACCCUCUGCACAGUAAACUUAUACUGCAAAUAGGCUUUUAAAAUUCUUAUGUUAAAAGUCUAGAAUAAACAGUUAAAAAUAUUUUCGAAUAAAAUUCAUUAGCUGCGUAUCGAAAGUGUCCAAAACCUGAACCUGACAUCUUCGCAAAAAGUGAUGCUUGUAAUGAAUGUGAGAAGCAUUUUAAAAGCUUAAAUUAAACUUAGAUGUUGUAGUCAUGAUCGUGUUUUGAGCUAAUUUUAUGAAUGUACAAACUCAAAACAAUAGACAGAGAAGCCGUUUCUUGAAAAUUUUUUUCAAAGUUCAAAAAGUUAAUCCUUUGAGGCAAUUCGGAAAACACUAUCUGGAUCGUGGAUCCGUUCAUGCAAGUGACACAUGGCAAAAUUCAAUGCAAAAUCCAUCUCAAAUCAGGGCACAUUUUGUAAUUUUUCUUUAGCGCCGAAGAGAAAAAUUUAUUAACACAUUGUCUCCGGCAAGGAUUUUAGUAAAUUGACCAUGUAACUUUAAAAAAUCAUAUCUCAGCUGUUAUUUCCAGUACCUUAUAAAGCUAUACCUCAUUGGAAAGGGCAAAAAUUAAACUUUCAGAAAAAAAAUAUUUCGGUCUCAGGAAACCCAUAAUAUUCUGCAAAAAAAAUUAUAAACAAGCAUAUUUCUGUAUAAUUAUUUUAAAAAAUUUUUACGAGUGUAAUUUUGCCAGGAAAGUUGUCUGUUUUGUGUAAUACAGUACACACAAUUUUUUUUCUUCAAUAUCUAAGCAAACAGCCUGAAUAUCGGUCGAAAAUAUAGAGCGACUAACAGUUUUCUACAAAUUUAUUUUGUGACCGUAUCGGAUUAUGCAAAUGAGGUCAGAGCUAAUUAGCAUAGCGAAACUAGAUACUUUAGCGUCACUUUGUGGCCCGAUAUUUACCUUCAAAAGACGCUUUAUUUUUUAGUUUCUCAGCGAAAUAUCGAGUUAAAAACAGGCAAACAUGAAUUCACUGAUAUAAGUGAUCAAAAUAAGCAAGGCUUUGAAGGCAAAAAGCUCAGCGGGACGGAACUCACUGCGUUUGAAGAGAAUUUGUGCCAGACAUUGCCGACUCGGGGAAUUGAAGGCAAAGAUUCUUACUGUUUUCUUUCCUCGAUUUUCGCGUUUGUUUUGCUUGUUAUCCUCCAAAAUCCUUCAAAACAAUCUGCUUGACUUGCAUUUGAUUGAAAUUUGUCGAUAUAAGCUUUCAUUCUACGCAAAAACAUCCCAAAUACUUCUCACUACGCACCGCCAUUUUUCUACAUUUUUGAAAAAUCGUUGCGUGAAGCUCAAAACUCGCAGGGGGCUGGAACUAGGCACAUAAUUAGCUAAAGCUAUUAACUUCCUGUGGGCCAAAUUUGGAGGUAAGCGGAAGUAACGCGAUUUUUUGCGAUUUUUUUUUUCGUAGUCGAUGUCGUGACAUCGACGGCCCUAGUCGCCGGAGACAAUGAGUUAAAGUCUAUGAAACAUUUAAAAAUACAUAAAUUCCCUUUCAAAAAUGUGAUUGUCUUGGCCAUAGAGUGCAAAAUGUACCUGAAAAUUCAGCAAAAUCUUCGCUGACUUGGUUGCAUUUCAAAACAGACCAUGGGCUCCGCUGUGAGGAAAACAAGGCUGAAUUCCUUGAAGGACGAUUUCUUGAUGAAAAGCUUCCCUUUCUCCACAAAAAGAAAGCUGAGCAUUCUUUUGAACUUUCUCUUUCCAUUUUUUGUCUUUUAACGGUGUAUUUUUAACCUUGAAAUGCAGAACUCUUGUCUUAAAACAUCUGCAUGGUGAUCGCUCAGCAGCCAUCUUGUUGAAAAUGGAUAUCCGUCACUAAGAUUUCCAAAUAUGGUCAAAAUGAAUAUUCACAAGCAUUGAACGCGAGUUACACUUUUCAACCCCUUAUGGAUUUCUGGUUUACAAGUGUGGUACAGGAUUGACAUCAGUGCUGAACAGAAAAGUACAAAAUUUAGUAUGGUUCAGAAUGAUUGGUUUGAAUGUAAUACCUCAUUGGUAGUUAAUUUCAGGUUUUUCGCAAUUAGGGAAAAAUUGUGAAAUUUAAGACCCACGAAUAAAAAGUCCUGCAAAAUUAAACAUGUAAAAUUUAUUACCCAUAUAAAAAAUUCAAAUUACAGGAAAAAAGUGAAUAACAUUUAAUAACUACAGCAUACACAUACAGGUUAUACGUGUUAAUAUGGGUUUUUCUUGUUUUAUUUUAACUCGAUAUUUUAAAAAGUUCAGAAAAUGGAAAAAUAAAAUCAAGUUGAGAACACUUGAAUCACGAAAUUUAAUGCCCUUUUUCAUAUUUGCUUAUUGAAAUCGCAAAAAUAAAACCCUGCGAAAUACUAUCUUGCCAAAAUCGCGAAGUUAAGUUCCCGGGAAAUUAAGUGCCAAUAAGACUGCUAAUGCAAUCGUUAGGACGCACUGGUGGCCAAUCUAGAUAUUUGGCAGGAUUGUCCUUGGGUUAUCAUUUGUUGAGUGAUUCAAUAUAGAUACUAUGAUAUAAUGUGAUGGUAGUCUCAUUCAAAGAAAAAAAAAUUAAAUUCCAAGUAGCAGACAGUUGUGUCGGAGCUGUGGAAAUGAUCACAAGCGAUAUUAUUAACAUCUUGUAACUUUGAAUAUCUUUGUGUAGAGUGGUGCCCGUCCAGGUGGCAGCUUCUCAAUGACUAAACCUGAACGCCCCAAGUCAUUGUCACUCCCUCCUGGUUGGGUUGUAGUUACUGACGAGGCAAGUGGUCGGCCCUGUUAUAUGAACUCCAAAACAAAUGAAACAAGUUGGAAACCACCAAGAAUAUCACGUGCUAAAACUCCACCACCUAGCCCUGGGGUAAGGAUACUUAACAGUUAAUGAAUGAGUCUGAGUAUCUUAUGAAGAAUUAUGGCGAUCGAGGAGGUUGUUAUCCGUUGAGGCCGUAGGCCGAGGCAGAUAACACUCUCCGAGAUCUCCAUAAUUCUUCAUAUCAUACAAAAGCCGAAUUCAAUAACUGUUUUAUUAUUCAUUCAAAAUAAUUCCUAGUUUAAAAACAUAGCUAAAACAUGCUUACCUCCAUCGAUCCAUAGAUGUUAAGUUCACGUUUAGGUUUGUCCACCUCCGCAAAUAUUCUCCAAAUAGCAGCUGUCGCCCUUCGAGUUGUCUUCUUGCUGUUCUUGCCAUGUUUUUAGCUAUUUUUUCGCCUAGUUCUUACUCUUGAAACGAGUGAAAUGUUUGCCAUUUUUUCAAGUUCACAACCAAAACAACUCAACCUCGUCCUUAGGUCUUCUCGGUUAACAGUGCCUUAACCUGCGAAAACGCUGCAUUUUUGAAGUCAUUUCCUCGUUAAAGUCAAAAUUCUUCCAAAUUUGGUCAUCAGUAACUGGUUAUGGUGAAUUAAAUGGUGCUUUUAUCCAAUCAGAAUCGGGGAUAUAUUGAUUGAUUAACCCAUUCGCUCCUGGAGAUUUUGCCGAAAAACGCGUUUUGAAGCUAGUCGAGUGGUUUUCUGGUCACUGUCAUGCUAUAAAGCGCUAAAACUUACCACAAACCGGUUUACAGGUCGUACACUUCGCGGCCUUCUGAUCCAGAUGCAAAAUAUCAGCUUGCGAAGUUCGGGCAUGCGCAGAAAGCAAAAUUUCGAGAUAGUUUUUGAGUUUAAAAGUGACACAGCAGUCUUGACUUUUACUUUUCGCUUUCUCUCCUCCCUUCUUUUUUCGCUUUUCUUGCCUCCUUUUUUUUUCUCUUGCUGGGCAUUUAGUAGGCUUCGUUUUGGUGGGUAUAGUUUUUAGGAAAGCUUUUAGGAUCUUAGGAUUAGGUGAAAGGAAAGGUAGGUGGGCAAUGGAACAAGAUUUUCAUGGAGAUUUUCACACAGGAAAAAAUAACGGAUUCCCAUUUUUGGGUAUUUAAAGAAUACCCACAAAAAUCCCAAAUUUGGAAGAGUGAGACAAGUCCCAAUCUGGGAACUUGGUUGGGAAUUCCCUGGUUGGGACUUGUCUCACUUUGCCAAAUUUGGGAUUUUUAUGGGUAUUCUUUAAAUACCCAAAAAUAUCCAAAAAUGGGAAUCCGUUAUUUUUUCCUGUGUCAGGUCCAUGUCACGUGGUUUUUUGUUUCUUUCUCCGGUGUCCUUCACUGAAUUGUGCUCAUUCUGGUAUGGUUUGAAAGAUCUCUUCACUCUGCACAAGUUAGCGAAGAAAGUUGUCCUUGACCGUUUAAACUGAUGACGUCACAAAGGGUAGAAAGGACCUGGAUCCGCAGGGGCGGUUACGGGCGGUUCAGGGGCAAAUGGGUUAAAUUACGUGCAUAAAAAUCAAUGAGUGUAUUGUCUAUGUUUUUCUUUACCUAUCAACAGGUUUGUUGUAAUUAUUUGUUUUUUAGUGCAAUCUUUGUUAUGAAAGGUGCAGCUGUUUAUUAUUUUUCAUGUUUAAAGAGUGCAUGGUCACAUAGAUCAUGGUUUAUUAUGUAGAGGAUGAGGUUGUGACUAAUUUACUUAAUGGUAACUAGUGGCCUGUGUUUUUUCUUUCUGUUUGGAUGGAAAAUUAAAGUUCAAAACCCAAAGAAGUAGUUAGCACUAGAGUCAUUGUUUGAUUAAUUUCACUUGUUUGAGUGAAAACAUUGGCAAUGGAAAAAUGCUUUGAUAGGAUGGUUCAGUUCAUGGAAAAACAGUAAUCUUGUUUUUCUGCUAUAAAUGAUCCUAAUGUACAGUGCAAUGUAUAUUCUUGAACUAUAUAUGUAUGUUAAUGUUUCGUUUUAUGAUGUUAAUUUUGUAGUGGCAGACACCUCCCUUAGGAUGGCGGAUAUCACGUAGUAGUUCUACUGAUGAACUGGUUUAUGUCAAUGAAUACAAUGAUGAAGAAGUAAGUAUCUUAGUAAUAGAGUGAUAUUCUUUAAAAAGGUACCUUUAGGCCUUGGUAGUGGUGGUGCAACAGCAUGCUCAAGGAUCUGAGCUGAGUUCAGUGAUUUCAGUGUGCUUGGUACUGGAACCUGGGUUGAGCUCUAGGUAGCCUGUAAGCAAGUUCUCCAGGGCACUGUGGAGCAGGGCAGGGAAAGGAAGGAGAGUUUUCAACUGUGCCUCUGGAAUUUGAAUUCUGCCUCCAAUUCCCCUGUGGCUCGUCCUCGACUGAGCUGUUAGAUUUCUGCAAAUCAGCAGGAGGCAGAAAUGAGUGCGAAUGCAAACAAACAUCGACGCGACACGUGCUAAGGGUUAUGAAGGCAUUACUACACUGUAAUGUCAUCUCCACCAAUCAGCAUUUCACAUUGGCUUUUUUGAUACAGAUAUUCAAAUUUUAGAGGCGUAGUUGCAACCUCUCCUUCCUUUUCGUGCCCGCCACCAGAGCACCCCAGACUGCUUGCUCACAAGCUAAGCUCUAGAGUACAAUACUAUUGUGGAAAGAGUGAAUGAAUGUAAUACACUGUGAGGUAGAACCCUAACGUAUGUUAACAAUAAUAUUGUUUAAUACCCAAACUAAUUAUUUUAAAUUACUUAGCUUCCAAGGAAGAAAAAGUUUCAGUUUUGUUUUGUUUUGCAAGUCUGAUAAUAACGUUUAAGGACCUUUGGAUACUGACUGCAAUGUGGCUGUGUAUUUUAUUAUGCUGGUACAGUAUUCCACAGUGUAACUUGCAUCUGUCUUUUAGUGGGUGCCUUCAAAAGACAGUGAAGGGCGAGUCUAUUACUACAAACUAAAUGGGGAAGAUUCUCGUUGGGAACUACCUGAGGUAAGAUAACAUACAGUUUUAAUAACAGUUUAACUGAUGCUCAACAAAAGCUCAACUGUUGACUACAGUAUAGUUGUAUUUUUUUUGUCUAUUUACAUGACUAGGUUAUUUUUGACAGUCAAGUGUGCAUUUGUUGCAGCCAUGUUCUAUAAGAAUGACUGUGUUUUAGGCAUGUUCUGACGUAAGAUUUUUCUAUUACACUGCUGCCUCUUUGUAAGCAAAAGAAAAGAAUAUCCAACGUAGCCCCAAAUAAAGUUUACACAGGAGCAAUAAAAUCUGGACAUUGUGUAACAAACAUAUUGGAAUCUUUCACCUUAAUAAAAUUUGCACUCUUGAUUUUUUCUGAUAGUAAUUUAUGCCAUAUGCAAUAUGCAAAUCAGUUGUAUUCUAAUCUUGCUAUUGCCAUCUGUUUAUGUCCAGAAAGUCCUGUAUAAAUAAUUAUGUCAACUAUGUAUCAGUUUUGUUGGCUGAUCCACUUUUUACAGGAACUUAACUGUGUGCUGUUUGCAUUGCACAGUACUGGUUCUAUUCUUUGUUAUUUGCCUUUGGUAUCUAUAGUUUAAGCUACUCUAUGGUUAAAGUAAAUUAUUGUAGCUCUUUUUAUCAGUCUGUGAUAUAUAUUCUUUGACUGUUGUAUAGUAUAUGCUAGCCUGUUAAAUUUAAUUAACAAUCAGCACUCGUGGUGUAAAUGCUUCCACUGCAGGUUGAGCCUGCAACACAGCAGUCUUUUGAAGCUCUGGAUGUCACCUAUAGAAGGCGCUCACCAAAUCUCAGUCUUAGAAACUCCAGGUGCUUGUCUUUGCAGACGCGAAGUCCUCGCAACUCUCAAACCAAUAUUACUGCCCCCUUUUCUGCAGCUGCUCAUGGCUAUCCCCCACCCCCCACGGUGAGUCUAACUCUUGGUUAGCUUCAUACGUCAUGCUAUUGCUGCAGACCUCUUGCACAGUCCUGCUUUGUGUCUGACAUGUACUUGCACUUUGCACUUGGGAAAUGCAUGUUUGCUCACCUGUAAUAAUUUUUGCUUUAUCUUCCUCUUAUUCCGAUAAUACGCUUUCAUUUGCUUCUUCGUGGUUGUUCUAACCUUUGUGUUGAACAAUGCUCAUCCAUACAUUCGUGGUGUAAGUUAAAGUUAUUGUAUACAUUGUUUACUGAUUUACGUUGGAAUUGUCCUCUGGGUUUUAAAAAAUCCUUUAUUGUUCUUAAAGGCCUGUCAGGUAACAUUGUGUUGCAAGAUGGCAGAAAGAAGAAACUUAGGAAUUUAUUAUGAUAAAGUGGUCCUAGAGAUGUUGUUUUAUAGACCUGAAAUUUGAAACCCAGUUUUUCCUUUCUGCAGGACUAUGAAGUCUUGUCUAUCUAUUUAUGUACUGAAUUAAAUUCCCCUACUAGUCAUUUCUGUAUAUUUACUUUGCACAAUUAAUUAUUUAUGUGUAAUAAAGUUUUUUAAACAUGAUUUGAUUUCUAAACCCACUUCUCACUGGAUGGAUUCCUUAUGUGUUUUGUACAGUAGCAAGUGGUGGAAAUUACAAAGAGCCCAUGCAGUGCAAAAGGGCACAAGUAACGAUUUUGGUGUUUUCUAGAUUAGAAAACAGAUAACAAUACCGAAAGUGGAGGUGGCUAGUGGUGGAUAAUUUCCCCAUGUCAUGAAGCAGCAAACUAAAUAACUACCCCUAGCCACUGACACUGAGGUCAAUAAUAUUGUUUUUAGUAUAUACUAAAACAGUGAGUCAGGUAAUUGAGCCUAAAAUGAUGAUUUUUAUCUCAUUGAUUGCCACCAACAAUUACAGUUUUGGCGUGCGUGUGACCAAGCGGCCAUCACGUUUUCUUGCCGAUGAAUAUAAAAACUUUUGAAGGUGGAGACAUUUCUUUAAAAAGAGUUGUAAAUUCUUUCUGUAAAAAAAAAACACAGUUGAUUUAGUUAUUUAUGAACUUGUCAGCUUAUAAAAGUAAUGCAAGACUCAAUUUGCAUUUGUGAACAAGAAACUUUCACAAUAAAUUCAGGUUAAACAGACAAAGCUUUACCUGUAAAAACUGCCAAACUGAAUUUCCCCGCCUUCUUUCUGUUUUUCGGGAACAGCUUCUUUGUUUAUUUGUGAACAAACCUGGGGGGCCAGUUGCUCAUAACUUAUGGAAGUUUGGCAUUGCUUGGAGCCUGGAGAUGAAUCAGUGAAUAGCACUGGAUAUCUUGAGUUUCAGUAGUCAAAUAUCGGAGCACGUGAAAGACACUAUCCACUGUUUUAGCAUAUACUAAGGCAAAAUACCUCUGUGUCAAUGCUUCAGGAACCUUCCACAACAGAGUUUGAUAACUUAACUUCCUGUGUGACAUGGAGCGUGUUAUAUGUACUGUACACAUUAGUGGAAGUUUGAAACCUUUGUAACCUUACUUUCUUGAAAGUGAGGAUUAAAAUUCAUUUGAUGAAAGGAGCAGGAAUGAGCUUUGCUGAUAGGUAAAAACAGACAUGGUGUUUCAAGGGUGCAACAGAAGUGCUAUCCAAUAGCCAGAGGCUAGUAGUAUGUUGUAUGACAUGUUUUUAGCACAAGUUGCCUGAAUAGCAUGCACAUUUGCCAAGAAAUAGUAGUUAUUACUUGAAAGGGGGAUUGGUAGGCGAGCUACACAACUACUAUGGACUAGUUAACUUCAGUAACACCUUGCCCAAAGAUGUGGUAUGAUAAGGAUUACUUUGUAUUACAAAGUUUAUUGUUAAGUCCUGUGUAGUUGUGCUAGGUUCUCCCUUAUUAAACCAAUGUUAUUUGUUUGUUACUGUAGUUUCAUGAGAGGUCGGCAUCAGUUCAGUCUAGAGAAAGUGUCUCCUCAGGUGGUGAGGACUCAAAUUGGCCUGCACCACCAACGCCAACUAUAGAUACAUCUAUUAAUUUUGUGAGUACUUACAAGUCAUUUAAUGGGAAGGACUGCUUUAUUGUGUUUAAUUUGAAUGGUUUUACUCUUUAACAAGCUAUCCAAAACAAAUUAACUUGAUCAAAUGAGCCAACUGUUAUGAUGUUAAUUUUAUUUGGCACAUGUAUACUGUCAGCAUUUAUGCAUUGAGCGAUAUUUGAUACUGGUAAAAUCCAACUAGUGGUCUAUUAUCAUUGCUGCAUUCUGAUUGGUUGUGCUACUACUAGGCUAUAUUUAACAGCCCACUAGUAGCGAAAAGUGCCGGCUUUUUGGUGGCAAAAACGGGUUAAAGUCUAGCUUUAACCAGCUAAAAGUGUUUUGUCUCCAUAUUUUUGACCAACUGGUCAACUGGCCUUCGGCCUCAUGGGCUAUUGACUCAGAACCCAUUCGGGCUUGAGGAAUAAUUGUUAAAUAGUCACUGAGUAUGGUACCCAUUAAACAGAAAUGUUUUACUUUUUCAUGCUUCUUCAAAGUGAUAAAAUAUUAACGGCUGAAUUUUGAAGUGCUGCUGUCUUGUUUUUCCAGUUUCAGGAGGUAGAAAAACAGGGAGUGUUAAAUCGAAAGAAACUGCUUGAAGGAGGUGGAAAGAAAGUAAAGUAAGUGAGGUUUAUGAUCAAAGUGCGGUUGGUAGGGAAUGCCAGCUUAAGUCUUAUUUGAGUGUUAUACUCACAAUUACAGAGUUAAUUGAAUGAUAGUUUACCAAUUUUUUCUUGUCCUCAAUUUUGCAGGAAAAUGUCCUGGACUCCUACCUUUGUUAUCCUGUUCUCAUCUAAUCUGGUGUUUUAUAAGGACCAAAAAGCAGCUGCCCAGGUAGGAUGAUAGACAUACUGCUUAAAAACUUGGUGGCACUUUUGUUAAUGUUUGUUUGAAAUUACAAGGUUUGUCCUCAGUUUUUGCAAGAUAAGGCCUUAAGGUUGCAGGCAUUUUCCUGGAUAACAAUAAUUCUAACAUUUUUCAGCCAAAAGAAAUGAUUGGAGUUCACACACAGGAACAUCACAAUAAUAUCGCUUCCAACUGACAUUUUUAGCACAUAGACAUUUCCAUUAGCAUGUUAGUGAUGUACCCAGGAUUCAACAUAAUAGUCAUGAGAAUAAAUAGCAGGGUUGUCACUAAGAUUUCAAGUUGCCGGGUAAAUACAACAAGUAGGUGGGGAAUCAAACGGCUAGGGGUUUCUUUUGGUUCUAUUUUUCUUCUAUUUUCCAAUAAAAGUAGCCGGGGGCCACUGUCUUAGUAGCCGGGGAAAAAAAACCCAGCCCACAGCUCUUAAUGACAACCCUGAAAUUGUGCUCUGUUUUGUCUCUAAGAAACCUGGCCUUCCCCAUGGUAAACCAGAAAGUACCUGUGUUUUACAAGGUGCAUCAUUAGAAUGGGCUCCAACUACAACAACCAAGAAGAAAAAUGCUUUCCAGGUACAUACACAUUAAUUAAUUUUACAAACAGUUAAAAUAAUUAUACAAUAAAGAAGCUGUUUUGGUCCCACUCUCGCAUUAUUGUUGGGUUUGGGUUCAGUGCACUAACUUUCUGGUAAGAAACAAUAACGCGCUUACAGCAGCAUUCAGUCUCGCCUUCUUGGAGAUUAGAUCGAGAAAUGAGGAGGCGAUUAAUUCUACCAGAAACAGGAUUUACUCUCUAAAGGUUUUUUACUUCCUACUUUAUCGAUAUCGAUACUUUUUGUUUGUUUCUUAAUUGAUUUAGUACGCGUGUUAGCUAUGACCCAAAAUACAUCAGCUGUCGCAGGCUAUACGGGUGUAUAAAUACAUGAAAAUUCAAGGGCCUCGAUUCCAGAGAAAUUACAUCAUUGCCAGAGAUCAAAAAAGUGAUUUACAUGGCAGGUCAUUUCAAUCAUCACCGAAAAUAAAUCACAUGCUCAUCACAAGACCAUUUGCAAACAAUGAAAGUUUACAACACCUGACAAGCAGUUUUGCUAAUUAAGAUUCUUAUUUUUAUUCGACCACUCAGUAGUGUUCACUUAUUCCAAAGUAAUCAACGCUUUCAAGAGAUAGAAUUCGUGGACCAACAUGUUUCGGAAAAGUUCCAAAUUUUACUCUAUUUCCUAAGCUUUCUUCGCAAAACAUGUUUGGCUUCAAUCACAAAAUGAUUCUUAGUUCCAGUUUCCAUGGUCUCCACAAGGAAUGCCUGGCACAAUGACCCCCCAUUUGUGUAUAUAGUACAAUGAAAAACCCCAUGGGGUACUUCCAGAAAAAUUGGGUGGGGUGUGCGGCACACUUCCUGAAACUCUUACCCUACUUCAGACCAAAAUCUGUGAUUUUCUCCACCCUAUUUCAGACGUGAAGCCCUGUAGCCUGGCGCAUGAGCGGAGCUCAUGACAAGCUGUUAGGGCAUGUACACGGUUGGCGUAAACAUUAAAAGAGAAAUGGUCUUAUUGCCAAAACUUCAGACCAAAACAGCUAAAAAACCAUACCCUUUGCUGCCACACAAACCUAUAUAGCGUAUAUAAGAGACCUCCCCCCCCAGGGCAAAAAACGCAUUGCAGAUUAUGAGUCUCGCUGCUAUUACGCAAGUGAGGCUAAUAAUUUGCGUACAGGGUAGCCUGAUGACACCUUUUGUUUUCCUUUUGUCUCUUGGUCAGGCAUCACUGUCUUGUUCUGGAGAACAAAAGGGAGUGUGGCUAUUACUAAAAGGAGAGCAGAGGCCUGCAGCGGAGGCCAUGUCUGAAGAAUGACUGUAGAAUUUUCCAUGCUGAUGACUUGUCACUACCCAGUUCUGGGUAAUGCUUCUUAUUGGUUGUGCUGGGGGGAAAUUUGUUUCAACCAGUCAGAAGCAUUACCCAUAUAUGGGGAGUGACAGACACUGUCAUAAGUAUAGAAUUUCUGUGCUUGUUCCUCAGACGUCAGCAUACCUGCCAACUCUCCCGGUUUUCCUGGGAUUCUCCAAGUUUUUCAUAAAAUCUCCCGGUUUCCUGAUUAGAGCACCAAAACUCCUGGGAAAUAACUACCGCGGCCUUUCUCAAAAUUAUUCCUUGAAUUUCAUUAUUUUCAAGAUGUCAAAAAGGAAAAUAAAACAGGAAGUGGAUUUAGUGCACUUCUAUUGGAAAACUUAAAACAGAGCAAUCAAGUUGACAAACUAUAUAUUUAACGAGUGAUUGUCGUAAUUGGUCAGAAAUCAACCAAUCAGAUUGAACAAUACAUGGUAGAAAGUUGGCGCUGUUUUUUUGCGUGCUGUUCUUGACGUCGGGAACAUUUGGAAGGCCUUCAGGUGAUUUUUGAAGAUUAUUGAGACAUUGUCGAAAAUGAUAUUCAUACAAUGCAAAGAUUUCAAGAUGUCUCCAGGUUUUUGUACCCUGGGGGUUGGCAGGUAUGUGUCAGGAAAACCAGCAGUGGCCUUGCAAAAUUUGGGCUGUUUUCUUAAGCCACAAUAUUUGCACAAACUUUCAGUAAAUAAUAUUUUGGCUGAAACCACAGGCAUUACAACUCCGUGCAUUCAAACAGCUUCAAGUAAAGGGGGUAAUUUUGGUCAGUGUUUCUGGAAGGCAUAACAAAAGACUGCAAACAAUAUAUUAUUAGUGUCAUUACAUAAGCAAAAUGUGGAGGAGUUUACUUCAAUUUCUUUCUGGUUACUGUUAUGUGAGAUCUUGGCUGGAACUUGCUGCUUUGUUUCUGACAUCAGAAGAAAUUAUUGUGUCAAAUUAUGCAGUUUUUAUCUGUAGUAUCAAGAAGAAGACCUUUUUAGCGUCCAAAGUUAAAUGGGACUACACUGUUUGUAUGUUGUUUCUGAACUGCUAUAUCAACCUCUUAAUUUUUUUAAAUUUCUUGUUUAAAUAGUAAACACAUAAGUACACUGUAGAUUCCACCUAUCUGGAGCAGUUGUUAACAGUACUCUUUUUUGUUUGCUUGUAGAUUCGAGCAGUCUCUGGACUUGUGUUUCUUCUUCAACAUGAUCAUCAGAUGGAAGCUAGCAACUGGUUUAAUGCUGUAGCUGGUGUUAUUAAGAGACUGGUAAGUUAGAAGUGCUCCUAUCUCCAUGUUACUCUGUGUACUGACCUGGUACUUUAGCCAUUAAUGUCUCCAUAAGCGUGCUGAUUAAGAGCAAGCCGAGUGAGUUCUAUAAGACAUUUAUGCCCUUUCUGACUGACAAGCACAAGGUUAACACAAAUGAGCUCAGCCUAAGUAUCAAUGGGACCAUCUGUAGAGAUCAAUGUGCGGUUUCUAAUCACUUGUGUGAAUAUUUUGCUACUGUGGCUGAUGGGAUUGGAGACACCAGUGCGGUUGAUGACAAAGUUCUAGCCACCCACCCUAGUGUCCAGAGUAUUACGCAGAAGAUGACAAGAUACCAGGGCUUCCAGUUCCAGAAUCUUCAGAGUUUUCAUGUUGAAAAGGCGCUGCAAAACCUCAAUGUAAGGAAGAGUACAGGCUGGGACGGCAUCCCUUCCAUGGCGCUCAAGCUUGGAGCUACUGAGCUAACAAAUCCAUUGACAUCACUAUUUAAUUCAUGUAUAACCCUCGGAGAGUGGCUCUUGGGAUGGAAAAGGGGUUAAUGGACACCCAUUUUAAGAAGGAAGAUCCCCAUGAAAUGGGAAACUACAGACCCAUAACUGUACAAGUUACUGUAAACAAACUCUUUGAACAGUUACUCAGCAAGAAACUCAGUUAUGGUUUUAAUAACAAACUGUGUGACAAACUAACAGCUUACAGAAAAAACAAUAGCUGUGAGACAGCUCUGUUAUCUUUGACUAAGAAUUGGAAAUUCGCUCUGGAUGAGCAUAAUGUUGUGGGUGUUCUCUCCACGGACAUGAGCAAAGCCUUCAGUUCACUUUACCAUCCACUUACACUUGCAAAACUUAAAGCUUGUGUUGUUGAGGAAAGAAGUCAGCGAUUGAUGGGCUCCUACUUCACAGACCGUUAUAACAGGGUCAAGCUAGGAUCUGUAGUGAGUGAGUGGCAGAGGUGACCAGGGGAUGCCCACAUGGUUCUGCAUUUGGACCUCUCAUCUGAAACAUCUUCCAAAAUGAUUUGACUUAUACUGUUGAUGCGAACAUGAAUAUGUAUGCAGAUGACCACCAGUUUUAUGCUGUUGGCAGCACCCUCUCUGAUGUGCAUGAUGUUCUUGCUGUUUGCGCUGAGUCAGCAUCUUCAUGGUACAGAGCUAAUUUACUAAAGGGAAAUUUGGACAAGUACCAGACAAUGGCACUUGGUUGCGAAAAGGAGUUUAUGGACAGUAUUAUGAUUGACAAUCAUGAAGUCAGAUCCACUGAAUGUCUCAAGCUAUUAGCUGUCUGUAUUGAUAACAAUCAACAAUGGUUUUGAUGAACAUAUAAGUAGUAUCUCUAAGAAGAGUGCCCAGCGGGUUAGCGAUCUCAUGAGGCUUAGGAACCUUAUACCCACACAAACUAAGUUACAGUUAUAUAAGGCAGCUACCUACUGUCAUCUCAUAUGGCAUUUUUGCCGUGCUAGUGAUUCUAGAUGACUAGACCGUAUCCAGGAAAGAGCACUUAGGGCUAUAUAUUGUGAUAAACAUUCGUCCUAUUGUCAAUUAUUAUUAUCUAUGGCCGGGCUAUCUUCUCUACACAACCGGCGACUACAGGACAUAGCUAUUGUCAUGUAUAAAGUUAAAAACAACAUGUGCCCACUAUACAUUAGCACUCUCUUUGAACAACCUGCAAUUAAGUAUAAACUGCGCAAUCAUGACUUCACUAUUUAAGCAAUAGAAAACGUUUUCCGCGUUUGCAUAGCCUGAUAUAAACACGAGAGGGGUUGGGAGAAUUCAAGACAGUUAUGCAAACCCGAGACGAAGUCGAGGGUUUGCAUAACCGUCGAGAAUUCUCCCAACGCCUCCAGUGUUUAUAUCAGGCUAUAUGCAAACACAGGAAAAAAGUUUUCUAUUGCUUUUAUAAAAUAACUUUCCCUAGAAAAAACGCAAAACUCUUUGUAUGGCACUGAUUAAAAGAGAAAUUCUUACCAGUCGCAAAAUCUUGUCCACGAAGUCUUGCACGCGUAAUGAGUUCUUGUUUUGCAAAAAGAUGCUUUGCAAAAUACGGAGUUUUCUCGCUUAAAAUGUCAGCUUAAGCGAAGAAAAAUUGACUCACCUUCUUUGUAACGAUUUUCCAUGUUUCAGCCGACGAAGGAAUGGGUAAAUAAAGUAAACUUGUCGAGUUUUGAACUUGAAAACUAUUUCAAAUUUGGUGCUUGCGUGAUUAGCGCGCGAAAAGCCAAACAACUUGACGCCACAACCAUGUUUACAUACUCUCAUGCAAAGACUGCUCUCGGCCAAUCAGAGCGCGCGUACUAUCUUAGUUAUUUUAUAAACCCAGAUUCAACACAGUCUCCUUUGGAAAGCACUCAAGCCAAAGGUAUGGAGCUCUGUUCCUAGUAACGUGAAGAAAGCUUCCAUGUUGUCCUCCUUCAAGUAUAACAUCAGAAAAGUGGAUCUUAGUAUGCUAUUAGAUGACAAUAACUGCUCUAACUGCUCUCUUUGCAUUUCUUAAUUUUUUAUUUCUUAAUUUUUUUUAUAAGAUUAAUGGAUACAUUUAUACUUAUUGUAUAUAGUUCUCCCGAAUUUCUUAUUUGCUUAUACUGUACAUAGUUUUUCUUAAUUCUUAUAUUCUUUUCUUUUUUUUUUCAUUUUUAAUUAAUUAAUUGGUUUAUUCUUUUUAAACUUAUUUUUGUGUCCCUACUUAGUGGUUAUACACCGCUUUUACAGUUUUGACACUUUAAUAAAGGUAUCAUCAUCACCAUCAUUUUACAAGGGCUCAAUUCAACAAAAUUUUAAAAUGGUUACAAUUAAACAGUACAGGUACAAUUUUAAGGUUUGAAAACAAUAGUGCACUCGUGCUUAAAUUCUUGCUGAAUUGGCCCCAGGAGAAGGUUUCAGAGGCUAACGGAUAUGUUGCAGUUAAUUUUUUAUUUCAGUUAAUUUUUGUUUUUGCUUUGUUUCAAAUUCAUUAGCAUUACCAUACCCAAAAACAAUGGAAAAAUCUGAAAAAUUACCUGAGAUAAAAAAAUUAACUACAACAGAUGUGUGAGAAAUGUGUCCAUGCUUUGAAAAUGCCAAACUAAAAUUCUCAUACUUUUUAUUUCAGAAUGAUGAGGAGCCAUUUCCAGUUGCAGGCACAGUUCAGUACCAUCAUUCACAAAGUAAUGCUGCAAAAGGUUUCAAAAUAAUGUUCAAAAAUUAAUGACAUUUCGACUCAAAUACAGUUUGAGCAGUUGCACAUAGACAAUUCAGUGUACUGUAUUGGAGUGGUCCUACUACCAAAAUCACUAAACUGUAUGCAAGGUCACUGGUUAUUGAUAUUUUGUGCAAUGACAGGGUGUUCCACACACUUCUAUCUUGGUGGUUUUAAGACGUAAACUGUGAACUGUUGCUAAAAGGGAAGAAAAGUCACAAGUCCAGACCAUUCUCGAAAUUCAAUCAGAACCGACAAAUGAGCGAAACAAAAAAACCAAUGUGAACUAUCGUCCUUUUUAAGGGUGCUAACAGUUAAUAGUUGUUUGGUGGUAAGCUGAGGACAACUUACUAAUUUGGCUUGCACUCACAAUGAGUGCAAACAAUGAAGUAAACCAUUCAGCAUUUUGGGCAGUUCUGAGAAAGUUAAACUUUGAUCUCUAGAUUAUAGGUGUGUGUCUGUAGCCUGAAUUUAGAAGCCCUCUAUUUCGUGUAUUUAGGGGGAACAGUAAUGUCCCAGUCAGUAUUAAUUUUUACCAUUAUAUUGGCCUUUUUCUUUUUCUUUUCCUCAGUCGUAAUCCAUGCUUCUCUUGUUUGUCAUAAUUUCGUUUUUCUUUUCCACGAUUUCAAGGCCAUGUGCAUCAAUGGCACCUUUCACAGUUAUGCUCAAAACAAUAAACAAAUUGUACAGCAGUCAUACACCUGUCUAAAUGUCGUAUUUCAGAACGUAACUAAAGUUAUCCUUGAAAGAUUUUGGAGCCCUUGAUAAGGGAGCUGUGUAAAGACACGUUUAUGAGAUUGUGUUCCUCGUAAGAACUUUCACUCUAUAACUUCCUUUCCAAUGACCUGAAUCUGGGAGAAAAAUCACGUUCCAUGUUUUAUCUACUUCUUGUAGGCAUUGAUAAUGAUGAUGUGUUAGUUGAGGACCCUGGUUCACCAACCACUCUGCAACCAGAAGAAAGAUUGACUCGCACUCGCAGUCGAAGAGGAGGUAAAACGAGAGGAAGUCACAAGUAGUUUGCACUGAACUUAACAUUUUUAAAAAUUGUUUCGUGUAUAAAAACAACUGACACAUUGUUAGUUUUGAUGUAGUUUUGAUAUUGAUGUUAACAACAUUCAAACGUUGAAAUGUUGCCUUGGUUUUAUGCACUAAUUCUCGUUCAAUUGAACUUUGUAAAAAUAGAAAAACACUGAAAGUAAAGUUUAACACUGUCAAACCUCUCUGAGCCGCCACCUCUCAUAAGUAAUCAUAUCAAGAAUACAUGUGUACCUUAAGCAGUUUCCUGGUAAAAGUGCCGUAUAGUAGGCACAUAGGCGGGUCUAGGUGGCCUGGAGCCCCUCUGAAUGCAUCCAUCAAACCAGAAAAUUAUAAAAUUUAAUGAUCGAUUGCAUUAAAAACUGAACUUAUUAUCCCUGAUUGGUCGUACAUUUACCAGAAAAUAUUGCUUAGCGGCCAGAGGAGGUGGCUGAAAACAGGCUGUAAUAGACAUAAGUUUGGACUGAUCUAAUAACAAAUUUCUGGAACUACCCCUGCCACAAAAUAACAAUGCCACAAAAUCUUGUCAUUUUGUGCGGUUCGUUGUUUACAACCGAUUUGAAUGUAUUAGCUAGUGGUUUAAGUUGAAAUGGGUCGUAACCAAUGCUUCACUCGCUUUUUUGUUGAAACCACUUUAUUAUUGUCAUUUAAAUGACUUGUCAUUGAAUCCAUUUUAAUUUACUUCCUCAGUUAGUGAAAGAGAUGAUAGUAAAAGCGGAAUCAAGGACAGACUGAAAAAGCUUCUUACAAAAAGACCGCCUAUAGAAGAACUGGAAAGAAAAGGAAUUAUUAAAGGUGGGUAACAGUGUUUCACCUGAGCAGAUCAUUACUCAAACGAGGUCUAAAUCGUUUUUAACCUUCCUCAGUCUAUUUGUUUUAAUUUCCUCUGUCAUAUUUAAUUUAAGUGGAUCAUCAUCAUCAUCUUCAUCUUCAUCAUCAUCUUCAUCAUCUUCAUCAUCUUCAUCUUUAUUACAGUAGAAUCCCGGUAACUCGAACUCUGAAGGGAAAAGAAAAACAGUUCGAGUUAGCCGGGUAAAUUUUAGUGCAAUUUUGACCAAGAGAAACUGAGGAAAUUUAGUUCGAGUUAGCGGGGAAUUCGAGUUAUCCAAGUUCGUUUUAAUCAAUUAUUAAUUUUUUUUUGCAGAAAGCGUAUUUGGAUGCCACAUUGCUCACCUGUGUGAAAGGCAAAAUACAUCAGUACCCGCGUUUGUUAGCCAGUGUAUUUCUGCUAUUGAAAAGAGAGGUAGGUAGUGAAAGACAUCUACCAUUAUUGUUAGAUACGUGAUGUGGUUCAGUCUUUUUUUAGGUGUCUUGCUGCAGUUCAGUUGAAAAAUUGUGUUAAAGGUAUUUUUUCUCCCAACGUUUCUUUACGAUCUCAGCCUUUAGUUUUGCCAUUUCCCCAAGACUUAUAUGAAGUUGGAAACAUCUGCAGACAGCCUAACCAACCUUAAAAUGUCAGAAGUUAGAAAGUAUCAACACAAACACAAGGGCAGAAAAAGUGAAAAGUCUUUGUAGAUGUUUCUUAGCGAAGAAAAUGUCCAGUUUUGCCUGCUUUAGGACUUCACUUUAAAUUAGGUGCAAAAAUGCCACAAGGUCGAAUUUUUGGGACUACGCUCUUGCGCAACCUGACAUGGUUCGUACAAUCUUGAAAAGGUCUUGAAUUUUACUAGUCGUCUUGAAAAGUCCUUGAAUUCGGUUUUGGUCCUUGAAAAGUACUUGAUUUUUUUAUUAGGUUAUAAAAAGCCCUUGAAAUUCACAACCUUGUCUACGCCAGACACCUUUUUCUGUAAAAUUAAAUAAUUUUGCCAAGGAAAAUUUGGCUCAUCCUCGGUGUAAGAACCUGUAAAACUCAGGGAUAACAUAAAAAAAAUUUUUUGCAUGAACAGUACAGUCUAACUUCUCCUUACGGACACCUCUCUAUUACGGACAGUUCGUUUGGUCCCAGAAAUGCCAAAAAUCAUACAUUCCCUACCUCUAUAAUACGGACAUCUCUGUAAAGCGGGCAAUUGGUUCUGUCCCUUUGGUGUCCGUAUUAAAGAGGUUUGACUGUAUUUUAUUUCUCGGUUUCUCUAUUUCAAGUGCUGUUUCUUUACCUCAGAUGCAAUUGCAAGUCAUACCCAGUCAUUUCGCCAAGUUCUGUUAUGGAAAGUAGUAUAAAAUUAUGUGAUCAACGAUGCCCGAAGAAGUAAAAGUCGUAAAAGACUCCAUGUCGUGUUUUAGCCAAUAGGGUGAUCAAAGGGGGUUAAAAAGUUCCGAUUUAUUAAAUAAAUCUUAGUCCUUGAAAACUGUAAUUUGUCCUUGAAGAAUCCUUGAAAAGUCCUUGAAAUUUGUUUGCCUGAAGUUGAACGAACCAUGCCUGAGUAUACGUGCAACUUAGUCUAACUUGAUAUUUCACAUCUACUAGAAAAAAUAUCCACCCACAUAGAGGUACCUCAAAUAUUAUUAAUUUUACGAAGGUUAAUUUAUUAUGCGGUCUUUUCUUUUAGGAUUAUCGUUUGAUGGACUGUACAGAGUAUGUGGAAAUGUGUCGACUGUUCAGAAGAUCAGAAUUUGUAUUGACCAAGGUUAGUUUGUGGACGGUCUUAAACAGAAAGAAAGGCACCGAGCAAAUUAGGCGUGUUUCAACGUUUUUGUACAAGAUCGUAAUCUCUCAUUGUUAACUCUCUUCUGGACGACUGAGAUGACGCAUGAAAUGCUUAAAUAUAACUUCGCAGUGAAUCUAUCCGCAGCAGAUCGUGGUUUUACAACGCUUGCCAUUUUAAACAUAUUUUCAUUUUUUUUCGUGGUUGUUCUAAUCUUUGUUCUGAAUAAAACUCUUGGUGUACGUUUAAGUGAUUAAAUUGUUUACUGUUUACAUUGAAAUUGUCCUGUGGAAAUUUAAGAAUUCCUGCAUUGUUCUUAAAAGCCUGUAAGGUAACUUUGUGUCGCAAGGUAACAGGAAUUAGAAAAGAAUUAGAAAGUGGUUCCAGAAGUGUUAUUUUAUAGAUCGGGGAAUAAACAUUUCAUUACUAAAAAUUCAUUGAGAGAAAGUGAAGUACAAUCAUUUCUGUGGUGAAAUUCAACCAAGUAUUGCUUGCAUUUCUCCAAAAUUAUUUGCUGUUUAUGACGAGUGAAAUGCUUAAUAACAAUAUGAUUCGACAUAUUACGGAGGUGUUAAUUAACCUGUAUUAUUUUGUGCUUGAUUUCACAGAGGAGAAAAUUCAUUUAGGUGAAGCACCUUUUGACGAUGUUCAUGCACUCACUGGAAGCUUAAAGCUUUACUUCAGAGAGCUGCCUGAACCACUUAUUCCUUACGACUUCUUCAGCGGAUUUGUAGAGGCAAUAAGUAAGUUAUAAACAUUGCUUGUUAAUCAGGUUUACUGACUCUCCUCACGAGAGGUAAUCCAAGACAGUCUUGGAUUCUGGAUUCCACGCCACGAAUUCCGGAUUCAAUGCACUGGAUUCCGGAUUACUUAUCAGUGGAACUUGAAAUCCGGAUUCUAAUUGUUAGUGGAAUUCCAGAUUCCUUGAGCUGAAUUGUGGAUUCUAAUGCCCAAGAUUCCGGUUUCAAUAAUCACAACCUUUGCCGGAUUCGGGAUUACUUUACACGGGGUGAGGAAUCAGAAAAUCCUUCAUGUAUCUCUCUCUCUAUAUCUCAACAAACGUGUCCUCCCAUCCUCUUCAUGCUGAGUGGCACAUAAGGCUUCUAUUAGGUUCCACAAUCUUGUUUUUCCAAUCAAGAAUUUAACCCCCAACCUGGGGGACCAGGGUGCUGCUUUGCCUGACCCCUCUCCUGUAAACCGAUCAGCUUGUUUGAAUCUGCGAGGGGCAGAGAUUUGUCAAAGGUUUCUUAAGGGCACGCAAUCCUCCCCGUGAAAUCAAGAUACGGCAGUAAACUUAAUUGACAAUAUACUUUUUCCAGAACAAAGCACCAGGAAGAGCAAAUUAACUGCGAUGAGAUCACUGGCAGUUCAGAUGCCAAAGGUGAACGGUGAAACUCUCAAGUUGCUGCUGCGUCAUUUGCGGAAGUAAGUAUUUUAUUCUCUUCCGUGGCAUAGUAGAUAGAUUCCGAGUGCCGAUGCAGAAAAUGUUGACUAAUAAGACACAACGGGCGUUUACGUGGCUUGCUUGCAUUUACUCAUAUAGGCUGCCGCUCAGCGAGUUUGGUGGGACAUCUAUAAACUUACGCUUGGGCGUCUUUCUCUAGCCCGCAGUCAAGUAUCUUUAACUCACAAAAAUGUUGUAUUGUCAACUGAGUUGUUUAGAUAAACUGGCAACCGUAAAGACAUUCAAGAGAUGUCGUUUGCACCGUGUGUUUUGUUGCAAAUUCUUACUGACAGGGUACCGCAAUGUUUCUAGAGACCAACCCGUUUACCUGUGAAUUUUAAAGCACAUCGCUUAUUGUUACAAGUUCCAUUAGUUUUUCAACGCCAUGGCUCAAAACCUCUUCAUACUCUUUCAAGGACAGCAUUGUGCAAGGCAGUGGAACACUUUUUGAAAGUAGAUCAAGUUAUCUUGGUGUGGUUUCUAAAUUGUGCGAGUAUUUAAAAUUAAUAGAACUCGUUUUAGGGGGAGUCGCAGGAAAGCAGGCACACGCCAGGGCGCGCUUGCGCGUUCUCUUCGCUGCUCGCUUUGCAUACCACUCGACAUUCGCCACUUAGAAACGAGAAACAAACUGGGCCGAGUUAAGGACCUCUGGGAUCGUAACUAUUUACGCGCCGGUUAGCUAUUGGUUAAUUUUUUUCUUUGUCCCCAGUAACAUUCCCAGAAAUCUUUGCGAAAGUUUACUCGGGUCCAGUUUUCGAGCUGUUUCUAAAGUGGCGAAUGGGGAGCUUGCUCGCACAGCCUACCCAAACUAUGGCACAUGCUUUACCCUAACGCAGUCGGAAUACUUUCAGGUUGAUGGUUCAGAGUGAGGCAAAUCGAAUGAAUGCACAGAAUCUUGCUAUCGUUUGGGGACCAAACCUAAUGUGGCCUCGGCACGACUCCGGAGACAUCGCACUCAACAUGGUUCACCAAAACCAAAUUAUAGAAUUCCUCCUACUGGAAUUUGAUCAUGUCUUUAAAUAAUCUUUGGUAGGGAAAUAAACUAAUUAGCUUGUAUUAUAUUUUCCAUCGAAAUCGCGUUGUAACGAGAUAGAAGCGUACUGUCUUCUCAGUGAGAAAGUAGGUCUCCUCAUUCUUUGUAUAUUGAGUCACCGUUGUUGGUCCUGACAUUAUUUUGCCAUGCUUUAGAAGUGAAAAAUAUUCGUGUACAUAACAUUUGGGAAAAAAAGGUAUAACAGGUUACAUGGUACUGUGCAUUGGUUGAUUUGAUUUUAAAUGAACAUAAAAAUCUUCAGUAAGUUCUUACUUAGAAUGCGGGGCUACCUUUCUGCCACUGUAGCUCGUCCAAAGACUUACUCCUAAAGUUACGGGGAAUUUUUUCUCCUUGAUGCUAUUUAUCUCUUUUUAAACGUGUUUUCACCUUCAUCAUUUCCGCUUUUAAGCAAGCGAUUAAGAUUUUUUUCUACAGUGGACUGUCAUUACGAGGCUUCUGUCUGAAAGGGGCACGAUAUUCCUGCAGUUUCGAUAAACACGUUUUGUAAAACGACAUUUGUGCAAAGAGCAUUCCGUGUUUAUUUUUGUGGGUAGAGGAAUGUGUUUAGUCGUUAAAUAACAACGCAGCUGAUUAACCUUUGAGGCUAGAUUUCACCAAAAGAGAAACAUGGCCUGUUAGCGAAAGUCUUCAGAAAAUCGUUAUCUUAUUCCCCCUAUUUUGAAGUAAGCACCUCGUCUUCAACCCCUUAUAGUGAAUUUGAAAUAAGCGCCGAGGGGCCGGACCCUAUUUAAGAUGUAUUUUGAAUAUCGUCCCCACGUAAUACUGAACCGUUUUCGAGCAACUAUAUCUUCGUGACCUGCAGCACGUAAUCAAAAAUUCAGUUUUACAGGUUCUACAUCUUUUAAGGUUAGUUUCAAACCUAGCUAUUGAGAUAUAUUUUUUUUAUGGGAGGUGUAGGACAGUCCAGUCCCUGGGCGCUUAUUCGAGGGUUUUCCACGAGUCAUAUCGUGCCAACAUCGUUUACAGAUUUGUGAGAGCAAAACUGAUAUUAUAUAUCCUGAAGUAGAACUGCAGUAGCUAAUAUGCUACUGCAGAACGAACACGAGACCAAUAAUUUGAAGGUCUACAACGAAGAUGUGAAAGUGUAUAGACUGGAGUGAAUAGAACAGUUAUAAAUUUUAAAUAUUUGUUCCGCCGAUUAACAUUUUACAAUCACCAGGUACAGAAAAUAAGAAUAGAGUACCAACAGAGUGUAAUUA